ACAGUGGUGCUUUAUUUUCACGCUAGUACGACAUUAGGUAGCGAGCUGUAUUUGUGAAUUUACAAACUCUAUUUAGAGUUAUUCAAAUGCAGACUCAAGUAACGUUCUAGACGUCGACAUUUUGGGCAUACAAAGACCCGUCUGCAACCGUCAUACUGGAGUCCCUAGAAGCACUUGGGUUUGAUCCGUCUAUGAACCGCCAUAGACCUGCAUCAGAAAAAACACAGGACAUUUCUCAUCUAUUAGCAAGCAUAUUUGAGGAUGUUUACAUUACGGAGAUUAUUGGGAAAGACACAGUUGCCAAUCUCACCAAGACAAGAAGGGGAGGCAACACACACCAUGACAAAUAUGUGGAAGAUCUUCAACAGGUGCACUCAGAACAUAGGAAGCGUAUGAGAGAUGCUGAUAUGCUAGAGAACCACAUCAUCCAGGCAAGGGUCCAGGCCACAGCCACAGAGAGCCAGGUGCAUGAUACGGUGGUGGAGGAAAUGGGAGUGGCUUACCACCAUCUUGGCCUCCCUGCAGUCAAAUCCACAUUCAUGUGGUGUGUGAACAAUGGAGUCCUUGCAAGCAACAACCUGAUCUGUCCACAGGACUACAUAGUAGAACAAGCCCCACUGGGAAAAGCACCAAGAGCCAAGUCCACACGUGGUUUUACUAACCCAACCACGGUCUACAACAAGCAUGUAUGCAACCGGCCCAAGAAUGAUGACUUCACAGUGAUCCUGUCUACAGAUAGAACUGUCCGGGGUCUGCUGGAAGAGUCAGAGACUACCCUGACCCGAACUUCCAGCCCUGUCAGCUUCUUUGCCAAGUGCAAAACAAAGGAGGAGGCCAGCACUAAGAGCCAGACAGAGGAGAGGAUCACACUGCAAAAACUGAAGGAUCGCUGCAAUUUGUGCGACCCUAGAUACCUUUCUCCCCAUGCGCAGAAAGGCAGCAAAUCCCUUGUCCUGCCAAGGAAGGUGGACAAGAUGUUACAGGGGGAAAAACAUGUGGCGGCAGAAAGCUCCACAGAUCAGCCUGUCCCAGUUUUCCUUGCCAGUCCACCUCUUGUGUUCUUCACAGACUACAGAGUGGGACAUGUGUAUGAGGUACACUCACACCACACCGAGACGACAGUGGAGCUGAGAAACCUGACCACUACUAGCCGCUACGUCAGAGUGCUUCCACCUACCACUACCCACUUCUCCAUUAGCCUGGGAAGGUUUCCUGGUGAGGGGGGUAUUGUUGCCCCUGGCAUGAGCUGCCAGUACACAGUGCGCUUUGCUCCAGACUCAUUGGCAGACUUUGAAGACUUCCUGGUGGUGGAGACUCAAGCGCAGUACCCACUCCUGGUGCCUAUAGUGGCUCGCAGGCCUCCACCUGUACUCACAUUGCCCAGUGUCCUGGAAUGUGGCUAUUGUCUGGUGGGAGGUGUGAAGUUUGUUGAGUUUCUGUGCUGCAACGAGGGCCUCAGUGCUGGAACCUUCUGCAUAAUGCCCAAGAGCCAAUGGCCAACCUCUAACCUCCGGUCGGUAGUAAAAACCAGCUUUGCUGAGCAGCCCCCUUUUGGAGUGACCCCCUCUCUCUUUGAACUGCAGCCUGGUCAAACUGCAGUGGUGGAGGUGGUUUUCUUUCCCACCACUGCGGAGAGCUGCUCCCAAGUGUUCACCAUUGUGUGUGACAACUGUCAGGUCAAAGACAUCACCAUCCAAGGUGAGGGUCAGCUGGUUCUCCUGGAGCUGGUGUCUGUGCUGGGUGAGGAGGAGUGUCCUGCUCAAGGGGAGCUGUGUGAUCUCACUGCUGAGCACCAUGUUCGCUUCGGUCCCGUCAACCCUCACUCUGUCCAGCAGAAGAAGCUUGUCAUUAAGAACAACACUUGUCUAGAGCUGCCGUUUUACUGGCAGAUAAUGAAGCCUAAUCUGCAGUCUUUGCUUCCUGGGGAGAACCCUGACACAUCCCACAUCCACUACCACCUGGCCAUAGAUCUGGGGUUUUAUGUCAGCCCCACAACAGGUAUUCUGGCCCCUCUCCAAGAGCAUGAGUUCCUGCUAACCUACAACCCUCAAGAGUUGAAGGACUACAAUAGUGUGUGCCACCUGGUCUUGAAAGACAUCCCAGAUCCGCCCAAGGAGCCCAGUAAUGAUUGGGCCCCACACACUCUAAAUACAGCAGCUGAAACGAAAGAUGUCAUUGUGAUGGCGAUAGAUGUCAAAGGGACAACAGAACCAUAUCAAAUCCUUUUGGAGCCAUAUUCAAUUCACAUCCCAGGAGAGCUCUUCAUUGGUACUACCAUCAACAGAAAGUUUAAGAUGUGGAACAACAGCAAAUCUUUGAUCAGCUUUAAAUGGGAGAGGAAGAAUGAUUAUCACAUUAUGGAAGUAAUGCCUCCUAGUGGAGAAAUUGAGGCAUAUGAGUGUUUUGACCUGGAACUGGUUCUUACUGGAGGGAGAGCAGGUAAAGUUGCGGCCAGCUUGCAGUGUCAAAUUAAGAACCACAACAAGUCUGUCACUCUCAACAUAACAGCCACUUUCAAGGGCCCUCACCUGUCUCUAAGUGUUCCCAGUGUGGAUCUGGGCCUGUUGAGGCUGGGGGAUCAGGCCCAGUCCAAGGUGACCAUACUCAACCCCAGCCAGCUGGAGGCCUGCUGGACCUUAAGAGAACUGGCCAACAACCUUUCAGACAAAGAUACACAGAUCACAGUGGAGCCAUACAGGGGUGUGCUGCCUCCCCUAGCAUCCCACAGUAUUCAUGUGCUCUUCAGACCAAAGGCCUGUCAACACUUUGAGACAAUACUGGAACUGGUUGUGGAACAUGGUACUGGAUGCCACCUCUUGGUGCAGGCUGAUGUCCAAUCCCCCCAAGUGUGUCUGCUGAGCUGUGAGCUGAUCUUCUUAGAGCUCUAUGUGGAGGUCCCUGCCAAGACAACUGUGACCAUGUUUAACCAAACCUUGCUUCCUGCACAGUUCACCUGGAUAGAGUCUCCACUCCAUGGUAGACAGGCAUCUCUAUGCUCUGCCACUUUCAACCCCUCAACUGGCACUCUGGGCCCAAAUGCCAAGAUGGAGAUUACAGUGACCUUCACAGCUCACACAGAAUUGGAGCUGACUGAGGUAGCAGCAGUCUGUGAGGUUAAGGGGAUGAAAGAGCUUUUGAUUCUGGGCUUCUUAUCUAAAGCCAAGAAACUCUACGUGUCGCACUCUCUACCCGGAGAUUGCUCGAUGUCUGAUGAUAUGGUCACUUCUCCCUUGGUGCUUGACUUUGGAGAUGUUAUCUUGAGAAGAGCAGUCACCAAGCAAUUGAUCAUAACCAAUCACACGGCUAUACCUGCUCCAUUCAAUGUGGAGGUUGAAUACUUUACAGGAUACAACCCCUCAAAAUUAGCUGGUCAAUCACAUAAGAGAGCUUCACACAUGAGGAGACCACUACACUCCAUUGUAAAAACCAUGAAGGUUGAGGAGAAAGAACAUGAGAAAUUUGUGAGCAGGCUCCUUGCUGAUGGGAAAGGUUUGGCAUUUUUUGUCCAGCCUGACUCUGGGAUGCUGGGGUCCUUUGAGACCAAGACAAUAGACAUCACUGCCUUUACCAACAUGUGGGGGGAAUAUCAAGAUCAGCUCAUUAGCAAAGUUGGUGACCUCCCUGCUAAGCCUAUUUCUAUGCAGAUAACAGUGAGGGGGUGUCCUCUCUAUUUCCAGAUGAUAGGGCCACAGCCAGAAAACCAAAAUAAAGGGCCAAUCAUACGGUUUGGCAACCAUGUAUCUGGAGGAGACACAGUGUCUCGCUCCCUUCGGCUCAUCAACACCAGUCCAUUUGAUAUCCUCAUGGACUGGGAGAGCUACAAUCUGAUGCAGGGGGACAUGAAGCUGCUUGACGUGGUGGUGGCUUGUGGGGAUGCAUUUCCUCUGAAGGAUGCUGAUGGUAAUGAAGUGGUGGACAGGACUGAUUCCCCACCCACUUGGAAUUGCAGCCACACUCCCAGCUCUGAUGGAAAAAGCUCAUCUCUUAGCAGCCAGUUUAGAGAGGAAAUAAUUACAAGUGAUGAAGAUGAGACUGUCGAUGUGAAAGGGACACUUUAUCCAACGGCUGAAAACAAAAAACUGUUCUCUGUCUUCAUUAUACCACAUGAGGGCAACGCUGCAGACUAUCCAUACUGCAUCACACCACAGCAAAUAGUGGUUCCAGCAGGGGGUUCCAGCACUAUUCAUGUGUCCUUCACUCCUCUGACUAUUACAGGAAUGCAUAGCAACCCAGAUUGUGUGGGCUUUGCUCUGGGAUUUAUGAGUCUGGACUUCAAGGUGGCUUCCUGUGUCUCAGGAAAAGUUCAGCGAGCACAGGGCCGGGAUCUGAAACCUCUGAGACUGAAUCUUCAAGCCUCUGUCAGACCUGCAGUGCUGUCAGUGCAGAUGGAAAAGGGUGAGGAGACAAUGGAAUUCUAUGCUGUAGCCAGUGAUUUACUGCUGGAGGACACAGGCACUGAGAUGGCUGUGCAAAAGGACUGUGCCAUUGCAAAAUAUUUCACAAUCAAGAACACAACAGAGAUGCCCCUGGGUUUCAGGCUGAGUACCCAGGCUCCUUUCACCGUGCUCCUGGUCAAGUCCCAUGCUCAGACAGAGUCCCACUCCAGCACCCAGGACAGGACAGCUAGCAUCCCAACAGGGGACGACCAGUUCCUGGUGCUCCAGCCUCAACACAACAUGCAGGUGAAGGUGGCCUUCCACUGCUCCCUGUCUUUGCUGGCCUAUCUGAGACAACCUACAGAGGAAGCCCCUUCUUCUGUGACACUAAUGCGCAGUGACAACGGGGAAAGGAAGUUAAGAUUCCAUCAGAACCUCAAAGUGCAUUACCGCAACAAUAGCCUGCAGAAUGUGCCUCUCUGUGCCACCCUGGUUCUGCCCACGGUUCAUCUGUCCUGCCCCAGCAUUGACUUCGGCACCUGCUACGUGGGGCAGGCCAAACUCAAGGAGGUGUACCUGCAUAAUCAUGGGAUUUCCUACAGCUACUGGAGAGCAACAAUAGACCCAAGUGACGAAAAGUCCGAUGUGUUCAGAGUGACACCAGACUGCGGGGUCCUAAAGCCCCAGGAAUUCCCCGUCUCCACCUGCAGACAGGUCCUACAAGUCAGCUUUACAGCCAGUGACAAGAUGCAGUUCCAAGCCACAGUCACAAUCCAGGGGGUCCUUGGAGAGCCCAACCUUACUCUGCAGCUGCAAGGAAUGGGCUCCUACGACGAGAGACACACGUCUCCUCCAUCUCACUCUUAGCACCUCUUCCUUUUUUUGUCUUUACACAUUUUAAGAUGCAUCAUCCGUUUCCUCUCCUUGGAGUUAUAUUGGUAUAUGUAUCAAUAGAAGUCUUACACGUGGUUUAAAAUAUAACCUUCAUUUGUUUUCAAUAUGAAAGACCUUUCCAAUUCCUCAAAAUUCUAACAGUGAGAAUAUUUUUGUUCUAUACUAUUCCAUCAAAAAUGUAAUAUGUCGGAAAUGAGAACUUGAUUUAUGAAAAGUACAGCUAGUGUGUUUAUUUCUGAAAUUCAAUUGCUACUCAAUAAAAAAAAAAUACUGUCAAAUGUUACACCAUAUUUCUGAUGCUACUAUGUUAUUUGUUCAAAAACACUAUGUAAAGUGAUAACUCUUCCAGUAAACAAUCACCAAUGGACUUGUACAACAAUCAACUGUUUGUACUGAAAUCUGAAGCAUUGAGACCCAUUUUUCACACAAGAAUGCAAUUUCUGAUGAUUUAUUCAUCCAAGUAUAUUGGCAUAUCCAGCUUUUGAAACAAAAUAAAUUGCUCUGUUUCCAUAAGCAAGUUAUUUCAUUUACGGCCCAGGGUACUCGAAUACUGCAGCA